UCGGCCGCCUGUAUCCAGGAUCUUGGCCUUUCGGUCAUGACCCAAAGCUCAUGACCAUAGGUUCAUGGUCAAAAUCAGUCAUAUAUACAAUAAAUUAAGUUCUUUUUCCAAGAAGCAGACAACGGAAAAUCUUGUAGCUACCCAAACUGAUCAUAAAAGACAACACCUGUAUUAAGACUGCUCACUGAAUUCAAACAUGCACCUUGUACCUGGGGAUCUGGCAAUAAAGGUUAUCCUCCUUACAUAGCUUUAAGAUGUUCACUUUACAACAGCAUACAAUCAAAAAAGUGACAAAUCCUCAACGGAUUAAUUGUAACUGUAAUUAGCUAUAUAAUAAUGUAACCGUCCUUAUUUUAUUACAGCACACAAACACACAAAAUAACCAUCUUGAUUCUAAAAAGAUAACUUAUAUGUUUGCCAUACUGGCUCUGGCACUGUGCCCAUUAACUUAUCUGACCUUUAAGCAAACAGAAAUAAAGUAACUGCCCUUUCUGAGUAAAUGUUGAUAAACGUUAAGAGUGGAUUCAGAAGAUGUGGACGGAGGAGGCAGAGACCCAGCACCUGCUGAAUCAAAGUCUGAUCACAAGGCACUCCUCAGAAAGAUACACACACUGUCUGCCAGGGACCUGCAAAGGUAGCAAGGCAGCCAGGUAGCUGUGUGCCACCAGCUGGAGUCAGGGGAGUUUCAUCAUUUCUGACUGUCACCGGCCCAUGGAGGCCGGUUCUUCACCUGGCCGCUAACCACCAGCGUUGUAGAUUCACUUUCAUGAAGAUGUUUCCUUGGUCCGCAGUUUUCUCACUUGAGCCCAAAGUGCCCGGCCAGCGCACAGCUGAGGAGCUGGUAACCAAUACUCUGAUGCUGGAGCUGGGGGCUAUGGUGAAGCGCACUGAACGCAUCCGUUUAGAGCGAGUCACGGAGUGUCGGCGCCGUCGGCGCAGCUCCUCCUCCACAGCAGACUACAGCUGGCUGGCCAACACCCCAAUGCCACAGCCCUAUGAGCUGACACCCAAUGACCUGCUAGAGCUGCAGGACCUCUGUGGCAAAAUCCCUCCUGCACAGUGUGGCCCUGUCAUUGUCAGGUUCCGGAGGUUGGUUUCGCAGAUGGAGCCCGAAGUUCAUGAGGUUCCCCAGCUGUUUCGUUCAGUCCUGCGUGACUUUGUGAAUGAGAUGAAUAGAAAUGAAGAUAUUCAGAGGGAGGACAUGGUCAUCGAGAAGCAGCAGCGCAGCAAGAGCCUCUCUUUUGUUACUUUCCGCACAAAGUUUCGCAAGGGCCAUUUCUUCAAGGGCAGUGGCAUGAGAGGCUCCAGGGGCAAUCUGCAGCAACAGGUGGACUGGUCUGAUGAGGAGGAGGAUGAAGAAGGGGAGGAGGAGGCCAUCAAGGCCAGGACCAGGAAGGGCAGGAGCAAGAGCAUGCCAGAGAUCACCCCUAUGGAGCAGAGUGCUCAGGGUUGACAGAAAGCAGGGACAGUGAGCGAGCGAUAUUCCAGAGGGAACUGGGGUAGACAGUUGUCACAGGGGAGGAAAUGGACACACUGGGUAAACCCCAUUUUAUUUAACUGCAUUCGCAUUUCCCUCUCUUGUGUCUGUUCCUUAGGUCUUUCUUAGUCUAACCCAUGUAAGAUGUGAGGGAAAGGAGGAGAAUACAGCUCCUGAUUAAUCAUGUGUUACAUGUCUCAUGAUCUGCCCCUUUGAAAACAUGUUAUACAACAGGUAGGACAGUCGACUACUGCAGUAGAUGGGGGAAGUUCAGCUCAGGCCACUUGUCAGUAUAUUCAGCAGCCAGAGUUUGGCUCUGGAUCACCAGCACAUUUAGAGGGUGCUCUCAUCAUGUAUCCAUCAAGCAAAUUCUUGCAAGAAGGGAAUAAUAAAAAAAAUCUGUAAUGUUUUUUAAUGUCGAUAUAUAGUAAAAUGUACCCAUCUGGGGGAAAAAAUAUAGUGUUCUUGUCACUUCUAGGUGAUAAAACAUUGCCUUUUCACAAAGACAGACGUCUACAGUUUUUGGUUUAAAUGAUGGGUACGGUUGAGAUUAAACAAGACUAGGUUUUGUACAUUUUCCAAGUCCAAUAACCUUUAAGCGAAUGCACAGAUCUUUAUCAUGUUACAUUUGACAAAGCAAAAUAUAAGUUAAUCUGCCCAAGGCCUGUUGCUAUGUCUUUGUGGUGUAAAAUAUAACUCCAGUUCUACCCUCUUCAGCAGCUCUCCGUUGAGCAGCUUCAAAGCCCCACUA